AUGGGAAAGCUGCUCAAAGAGGCUCAGAAAGAGGCAAGGGAAGGUAACGAAGAUGUGGUUACAGAAAUGAGAAAAGUUGGCAGUGCCUACCUUCACCAUAGGGAAUUGAAACCACCACAGUAUGCAAAGUAUGAAGAAUACUACUCUGAUGGGUUUGCUCCUUUGUCAGAGGAGAGAAUUAAUGUCAUUGUGCAUGGGAACAGGUGUAAAUUUGAGCAAAAUGUCGAGGAAAUUGAGCAGGCUCGUAAAGACGUGGAAGACGGUAAUCUAGAUGACGCUUGGGCCCAGAUCUUCCCCGAAGUGGAGCAAGAAAGACUCGAGUGCCUAGAUAAGAGGGGAGAAAACGAGGGGAAUGAUGAUGAUGAAGGCACUGAGGACGACAUUCCUGACCUAGCAACAACUGACAAAUCAAAAGAGAAAAGCUUUGCCAUAGAGGCCUGCCAGAAGCAGAUCUCAGAAGAAGCUGCGAUCCCCAUGAUGCAGUCACUCAACCCAAUGCAACAGAGGGUCUUCUAUUUUGUACGGAAGUGGUGUAUGGAGACUGCACAGGGAAAACGACCAGAUCCCUUUCAUAUUUUUGUAACGGGUGGUGCGGGGACUGGAAAGAGCCAUCUCAUCAAAUGCAUAUUCUAUGAGGCUACCAAGUUACUGCAACAGACACAAGAAAACCCUGAUAAUGUCUCUGUCCUUCUUACUGCACCCACAGGAACGGCUGCAUUCAACAUUGGGGGGAGCACGGUGCACCAUGCGUUCCAUCUGAUGCGUGUCUCGAAGACGUAUCAGCCGCUGUCUGAAAGUACCCUUAACACAUUGCGUGCGCAAUAUGAAAGCCUCAAAAUUGUGAUUGUAGAUGAAGUGUCGAUGAUUGACAAAAUGCUCAUGUCUUAUAUUCAUGGUAGGUUGAGUCAACUGAAACAGUCAAGGUCAAGUGCAAACUUUGGAAAUGUCAGCAUCUUGGCAGUAGGCGACAUGUAUCAGAUACCUCCAGUCAGGGGACAGAGUCUCUACAAGGGAACAGAUAUUAUUGACUUGUGGAAUCCAAUCUUUGAGGUUGUUGAACUUGAGGAAAUCAUGAGGCAGAAGGAUGAUGCUGCUUUUGCAAAGCUUUUGAAUAGAAUGAGAGUAAAGAAAAAAAAGGAGAAACUUUCAGAUGAAGAUGACAAAACUCUGUCGUCAAGGGUGCUGUGUCUUGACUUUGAAUCAGAUGAUUAUCCUAAAGAUGCACUUCACAUCUUUUCCACCAAGAAAGCUGUGGGAGACCAUAAUGACAAGAUGUUGAAUCUCAGGUGUUCAGAUAUUAGAUGUUUUGAAGCCUCUGAUUUUGUCAAAGAUCCCACCACAGGUUCGAUGAAAAAACGAGAUCUCGCUAAAGGGGGAAAAGAUGAUCUGCCCGAUAGGGUCCAAGUUGGGGUAGGCGCUCGUGUCAUGCUCUGUAGAAAUGUCAAUGUUAAGGACGGUCUUGUGAAUGGUGCAUUUGGAACAGUGACCGGUGUAACAGGUGGUCAGGAUUCAACUGUCUUUGUGCAGUUUGAUAACCCAAAGAUAGGUGCUCUUGAAAGGAAAAAAAGUGUGGUUCCUAGCAGUCUACCUGGCAAUUCAGUGCCGAUACGUCAGAUCGAGGACAACUUGAGUAACAAAAGUAAAGUUAAACGUUAUCAGAUUCCCCUCAAGCUAGCUUGGGCUUGUACGGUACACAAAGUACAGGGCAUGACUGUUCCCGAAGCGGUUGUCUCCAUGAAAAAAGUGUUUGCAUCAGGUAUGGCAUAUGUGGCGUUAAGCAGGGUAUGUUCCUUAAGUGGUCUCCACAUCACGGACUAUAAGCAGGAGUCAAUCUACUGUGAUGAGCAUGUAGAGAAAGCAGUCAAAGAGAUGAUGCACUUGCAGUUUAGAUCUGACCCGUUCAAAAAUGCCGAUGACAGGUCUGAAAGCAAUACGGUCUUGAAAAUUGUCCAUCACAAUACUCAAAAUCUAGUAAGUAACUUUGAAAGUCUAAAGUCUACCUGUCUGCUCAAAGCUGAUAUCAUAUGCUUGACCGAGACAUGGUUAUCGGAAGAUGUGCAGGAUUCUAAGGUGCAGCUAGAAAACUUUGAUGUGUUUCGCAAAGACAGAACACAUGUUUGUGAGGAAGAGUCUAUGACUAGAAGUUCACCACAUGGUGGAGUGGCAGUUUAUGUCCGUAAUGGAUACAGCUGUUAUGAAAUACCCAUUCCAGAUGACAUUAGCCUGGAAUGUGUGGUUAUGCUAAUGUCUGUGGAGGACAUAGAGAUUCUCAUUGUACCUGUUUACAGGCCACCUAGUGUGAAAAAAGACACAUUCAUAGUCAAUGUAGAGAAAUUGAUGCAGUACUUGUUGGCCACAGUGAAGCGAACAACCACAAUCUUUCUUGGGGACUUUAAUGAGAAUUUGUUAUCAGGUGAAGACAACAAAAAGAUACAGAAGUUCUUUGAGACAAACAAUUUCGAACAGUUGGUGGAAGAUCCUACAACCAUGAAAGGAACUCUUAUUGACCAUGUUUACAUUGCACCACCAUCAUCAAAUGUAAGCUGUGGGGUCAUACAGACAUUUUACAGUUACCAUGAUGCUGUGUAUUGUACGCUGUAUCGGUGAUGCUGCAAUAAGCCAUGAAAAAGGCAUUGGAUUAGAAAAAUUCCUUCCUUUGUGAUGUUGUGUAUCAUUAUAUACACCAGCUCUGGCCUUGCAUAGUCUGAUUGGUCGACCUCAUUGUUGACCAAACAUGGUAUGUGAGGGGGAGGGGUAAUGAAGUCGUGGACUCUUACCCGCUCCGCCCUUGCCAACCUCUUACCUCAUUGGUGGGUAAGGGGGCUCCUGGUAAAACAGGACCCCCCCUUACAAAUCAUUGGGGUUUGAUGUUGGUAAGGGGGUUCCUGGUAAUCAUCACCAGCUCUGGUCUUGGUAACCCUGUUUGAUCAAAGCUGAACAAACAGGGGAUGCGAGAGAGAGGGGUACUGAAGUCGUGGACUCUUACCCGCUCCGCCCUUGCCAACGACUCAUCUCAUUGGUGGGUAAGGGGCUCCUGGUAAAACAGGAACCCCCUUUACCAACCAUUGGGGUUUGAAUUGGUACGGGGGUUCCUGGUAUCAGAAAUCAUCGCCAGCUCUGGCCUUGCAUACUCUGAUUGGUCGACCUCAUUGUUGAACAAACAGGGUAUGCGAGGGGGAGGGGUACUGAAGUCGUGGACUCUUACCCGCUCCGCCCUUGCCAACCUCUUACCUCAUUGGUGGGUAAGGGGGCUCCUGGUAAAACAGGAACCCCCUUUACCAACUAUUGGGGUUUGGUGUUGGUAAGGGGGUUCCUGGUAUCAGAAAUCAUCGCCAGCUCUGGCCUUGCAUACUCUGAUUGGUCGACCUCAUUGUUGAACAAACAGGGUAUGCGAGGGGGAGGGGUACUGAAGUCGUGGACUCUUACCCGCUCCGCCCUUGCCAACCUCUUACCUCAUUGAUGGGUAAGGGGGCUCCUGCUAAAACAGGAACCCCCUUUACCAACUAUUGGGGUUUGGUGUUGGUAAGGGGGUUCCUGGUGUUACAGACUAACGAAGGAAGGAAAGAGAACUCCCCUGUGAUUGGGUUCGAAGAAGGAAAAAGAUGUCCCCCUGUGAUAGGGGUUGAGGAAAGAAAACUUUCCCUUUUUGUUGGGUUAGAUGAGGAAAAAGAGGAAAAAAUGUAAAUCAAAUGCACAACAAUUUCUAUAAGCACAUUUGACAAUAAGCUUAUCUAUUUUUUUCUUUUCCUUUAGGAGACCAUUCCUCUGGACAUUGGAAAAAGAGGAAGGAACAGAACUCUUCCCUGUGAUUAGGGUAGAGAAAAGGCAGUGAGCUCCCCCGUGAUUGGGGGAGAGGAAGGAAACAGAACUCUUCCCUGUGAUUAGGGUAGAGAAAAGGCAAUGAGCUACCCCGUGAUUGGGGUAGAAAAAGGAAACUGCUCCCCGUGCUUGGGGUAGGGGAAGGAAUUUGAAACAGAAGUCUUUCCCUAGAGAAAAGGCAAAGAGCUUCCCCUUGAUUGAGGUAGAAAGGAACAAGAGGUACCCUUGAUUCGGGUAGAGGAAAGAAAAAUAGCUCUCCCCGUGAUUGGGGUUGAGGAAGGAGAAAGGGCUCUCCCCUGUGAGUGGGGCUGAGGAAGAGAAAUAAUGAGAGAAAAAUCUGUUAAAUGGAAUGCACAAUUGUAGCAAUAAGCCAAUUAUCUAAUCUCUAUCUGUGGUCAUUUUAUUAUAAUUUUUCCUAAUAUUAUAUUAUAUAUGUUCUGUUUUGUAAUGUUGUAUGUGUGCACAUUAUCAGUAACUAUGUAGCGUUUUUAAGACUUAUGUUCACCAUCACAAACAUUGUUUUGAUAUGGGUUCUAGAUGUAUAGUUUUGAAGUUUGAUUGAUGUUUUGUCAAAUUUUAAUUACUAUUCUAUUAACAUAUAUUAUGUUUACCUUUGUUUUUAACUUUUAUUUUUCCCUCACCGGGAUGCCCAAACAUUGGCUCCCGAUCCUUCCGCCUUGUCGUGGUGUGAGGGCCCGAAUGUACCAAUUUCCUGGGGUAGGUGCAUCACUCCUACUCUGUAACCUCGAAUGAGGGGUUGGAAAUUGGAAGUCGCUAAAGGGAGGAUCACGAGUCUAGCCUAUCAAGGCCCUGCUAGCCAUAGGUUUGGACUUUUUAUAUCUUGAAAGCACUUUGCAUAUAGUUCAUUGCACAGCUGUAUUAUUGUCAGUGAUCAAUUUUUUUUCCUUUCCUUUUCAAGCGUCAAGCAGUCAAAAGAUCAUGCUGGAACACAUAGCAGAUGGGACCCAACUAGAGAAAGAAAAGCCGCACUGGGCCUAGGGAAGAACCAGUCAAACCUGAUCUCAGCCAGCUGCAGAAGGACAUGGCAGAUAGCAGCCAGCUUUGCAAAGUUUUGAAGAAGUUGUUUAAGUUUCAAGUAAAGAUUUAAAGUGUAUAUUAUUUCAUCUUGCAUCAUUUUUUCGAUUCUCUUUGUAUUUGCAUUUUUGUAUUUAUAACAGGUAACAAAAUUGCAAGACAAGUACAAGGUUUCAAAAAUUGUUUAAUUAAAGCUGUCAAGAAGAUUCAA